GACGAGGCUGUGAGCGCGUUCGCAUUCGCAUUCAAAUCAAGAGGGGAAGAUUGAGAUGAGCCGCCACAACUGCCCAUCGGACAGAACAGGCAAAAAGCGGCCAAAAAGCGGCCCAACAACACAAAGCGUCUUGCGCAUUUUGGCACAAUCCUUCCUUCCCACCCACUCUCAACGCUGGACUCACUGCGCUAGUGUACGUAGUAGCGGCUGGAGUAUCCUACGAGAAGCACCAACGCUCUUCUCCACAGCCGUUCUGCUGAUCGGCACUUAGCGAGUUCCGAGCAUUGAGGCGUUUCCUCAACACCCCAAAAUGCUGACCGCAACACCAGACUCGGCCGGCGCCCCCUCCUCCCCGGCAGUUGAGCCCGUCUCCACCACCGGCCUGUACAAGCGUCCAGCAGCAAAUGCCGUCUCGGCCCCUGAGGUGUCCACCAAAUCAGCCUCCGUCGCCACCACCGCAUCAGCCGCAGAACCCGACCGCCGUCACCCACUCUACCUCGGCGACUGGCAACGCUCCAUCCCGCACGUCCACACCGAAAUCGCAAAAGACGACCUCGACGAACCCCACAUCAAACGCAAACACGCCAUCCUCGAAGCCCACCCCGAAAUCCAACACCUCUACGGCUACGAAUGGUCCACAAAGUACAUCACCGUCUUCGCCGCCGCAUUCCAGGUUGCCCUCGCCUACUAUUUCGGUAAAAUCGACACCGAGUCCGUGUGGAAAUUCCUGUUUGUCGUCUAUGUCGUCGGCGGAUCCAUGACGCAGGUGUAUGGAGUAAUCAUCCACGACGCCUGCCACGGGCUCUGCGGGAAGAGCCAGGCGCUGAACAGAGCCGUUGGGUUCAUCGCCAACAUCGGCAUCCCGUUCCCGAUCUUCAGCUCGUUCCGCAGGUACCAUCUCGAACACCACGCCUUCCAGGGCGUCGUCGGGCGUGACCCCGACCUCCCCCUCGAUUUCGAAGUCAAGCUGAUCAAAUCGAACCCACUGGCCAAAUUCGUCUUUUUGUUCUUUUACCCGCUCAUGUACGUCGUCCGCGGCGCCGCGAUGCAAAAGACCCCCUCCAAAUGGGAGAUCUACAACGUCAUCUUUACGAUCUGCACCGACGCCCUCGUCGUCAAAUUCUGUGGAUGGAGGGGCUUCCUGUACCUGUUCCUCUCGCUGUGGUUCGGAUACGGCAUCCACCCCGCCGCCGCGCAUUUCAUCCAGGAACAUUUCACGUUCGAUGAUGGGCAGGAAACGUACUCGUACUAUGGGAUCUUGAACUGGCCGUUUAUGAAUAUUGGGUACCAUAACGAGCAUCACGAUUUCACCAAGGUCCCAUGGCGCCGCCUCCCAACAAUAAAAUCCCUCGCCCCCGAAUUCUACGAUACCCUCGCCUACCACUCCUCCUGGGUGAUGGUCCUCGUGCGAUUCAUCUUUGACCGGCAGAUCGGCCCGCAGUCGCGUGUGGGCAGGAACUACGAGGACCAUAAGAAGGGCCGAAGGAUGGUUGUCGAGAGGAAUGGGAGGACUGCGAGGGAGGUUGAGAAGACCGGGGAGGUGGGGUGGGAGAGGAGGGUGGAUUGUGAGUAGGCGGAUUGAGAGCGCCGGGAGGCGCUGGAAGACGAGCGUUGGUCAAGGUCUCGGAGUCGUUUGAGCAGUUAAUUAGGAUCCUCGCGUUGAGACUCGUCACCGCUAGCGGAACGAUAAACAACCCCCUUCGUCUGCUAUGCGAGGGUGUCUGUGUUGAUGCGGCAUGGUAUACAUCCCUUACGUACAAAUACAUAUUUAUUCACCUGGCGCCGUGCG